AUGAAGAUGGUAUGCGUGAGAGCGGGGGAUAACGAAGAAAGUCACAAAGGGAAGAAUUACAAGUAUGAGAAGAAGACGACGAGGGUCUACAAAACUUCGUCGAAGAAGAUACAAUGCCUGUUCAGGAUUGUUUUCAAAAGGCAUCAUGAAACUCAUAUAUGGAGUUUGUAUAGUAUUCCGGAUGGUCGUCACAACCAUCCUCCACCUAAAUGUCUUUUAGGACACCCAGCAUAUGCCCGAUUCAAACCACAUCAAAUGGAAAAGGUACGGCAGAUGAAGGGAUGUAGGCCCCUUAAGAUCCUAAAUGCAAUAAGGGCGGAAGAUAAGACAAACUUGUCUACUAUUUCCACAAUCUACGCUGCCAAAGCAACGAUCAAGAGAACCGAAUGGGAUGGUAGAUUAAUUAUGGAACAAUCAGAGUGGUUGGCAGAAAAACUUAACUACGCCAUGCAAACAAAGGUUGGUCCGGGCGACAAAGUGACUCAUGUUUUUCUUGCCCAUCCUAGGAUGGUGGAUUUGGCUCAGUGUUUUUACCAGGUCUUGUUCAUAGAUUGCACCUAUAAGACCAACAGGUAUAACAUGCCGAUGUUGAACGUGGUUAGUCAUACUUCGGAUAAGCAAUCAUUCACCGUGGCAUGGUGCUUUAUUGAAAAAGAAGAAAUAGAGGACUAUGUUUGGGCGUUGGAACAAAUGAGGUUGAUUUACCGUGGCGAAGAGUCACCGCAGGUUAUAUUUACAGAUAGGGAUUUUGCAGUCAUGAGUAUCGUUCGUCAAGUUUUUCUACUUUCUCAACAUUUCCUUUGUACGUGGCGCAUUCAAACUAAUUUUCUUUCUAAGUGCAAGAAUCAUAUCCAAAAGAUCAAACCUGCGAAGGGUAAUCAACGUUCCAAGGAGGAAGACGAGUGUCUAAGUCAACUUUCAAAAAAAGAGACAGCAAAAGAGAAAAGAAAAAAAGAAAAGAAAAAUAUGAUGAAGAGGGGGAUCUAUGGAAGGAUUUCUGCAAAGAUUGGGACCAUUUGGCUCAUUCGAAGACCGUAG